AUGCUGCUCCGUCUCCCCGUCGAGGUCGCCCUAGAGACCUUUUGUGGUCAGGAUAUUGCGGAGCUCCUCCAACUUUCGCGGACAUCCAGCCACCUUCGUGCUUUUUGCACCAACUACCGCGCACUCUGGCUUACCGCUAGUGACGCGUACAAGCUCCAGCUUCCGCCAGGCGAAACUGUCCACACUGCCGACACCUCCCUCCUGCUCCGGAGCGCCGCGCGUUCCGUGGCUAUUGCCCAUAAGUGGCGCUGUAGCGCAGACGCGCCAAUUCACGCCCUUCGCAUUCACGAGGCCCAAAAGCUCUACCAAUUGACGGCAUAUGCAUUCUGGGCCCCCCUUCGUUUUGCUCAGCCCUCCUUUAUCGGCCCGCAGCCGCCGCCUAUCCUGAGUAUACUGCCUGGCGGUCGAACACUGAUCAUUGGUGAUCUGCAACAUCUCGCAAUCCACGACCUAGAAGGAAGCCACACCUGGAAGCUUGUGACCCUGAAGACAUGGCCGCGCACAACUUCUUUCCCACCGCAAAGCGUGGCCGCGGCAAACAGGGCGGUCGCAUGGGACAGCGUAGACAACGGCCAACGCGUGGUUCUUGCGGUGGUCAAGAGCGGGUACACGAAAGAGCAUGUUUUCGAUACAUAUCUUUUUGUGUUCGUCUUCGACUGUGCGGCGGGGCUGGACGCGGCGCGCGUGACCCGGAUGGGCCAUACGCUGCCCGAUGUCGAUGCUGAUAUGGUUUCCGUCCAAGCCAGCCGCAUAUUCGUUUCAUCCUCCGACACUGUCCAUGCCUUUGACCUCCCUGCGAGCGUUCCGGGUUCUCUGGUGUCGGUCGGGACCACCAACGAGCCAGUUGACGUUGUCCGGUAUCCUAAAUCGUCGCCCGACACAACUGGCGUUGCGGUUCCAGACGAGGUUCCGGAGGGCGGGCGGGUGGUCAGAGUAGACACAAUUUAUGGGAUUGUGCUAGUAUUCCGCCGGGGAAGACUGUGGCUUGUCCAGUACUGA